GCGCGGCAACGGUUAAAAAUGGCGGUUAGGCGGGGGCGGGAAGAAGAGCUGCGUCGCUGAGCCAGGUUCCAAUCGCCCCCCCCUCCUGGAAGCCGUGAGCUGGAGGUGGUUCGCCAGCCCGCCACCUCCCACACUCCAGGCCCUGCGAGCUGGUUGCCGGACUGGGAAGACAGCGUAACCCGUCCGAUUGAACAAAGGAGGUUGCGGCUGAGGCGCCAGCAGGGCCUCUGCGUAGCAUUAAGAACAUUCCCUAAAAUGGCGGCCGGCGCGCGGGGGCGGGCGGGAGCCGGCGGGCGGGGCGCGGUUGGUCUGGCUUCCGCUCCGGAGGCCCUGGGCGGACGCAAGGUGGGGCUGGAGGAGCCGACUUGUCCCCAUGGCGGCGGUCCGGGAGCCGGGCGAGCCCGGGAAGGGGAAGCCCUUUAAGCUCCUAGGAAUUUUAGAUGUUGAAAACACUCCCUGUGCACGGGAUUCGAUAUUAUAUGGUUCACUGGGAUCUGUUGUGGCUGGACUUGGACAUUUUUUGUUAACUAGUAGAAUUAGAAGAUCAUGUGAUGUUGGAGUAGGAGGAUUUAUCUUGGUGACUUUAGGAUGUUGGUUUCCCUGUAGGUAUAAUUAUGCAAAGCAAAGAAUCCAGGAAAGAAUUGCCAGAGAAGGGAUUAAAAAUCAGAUUUUAUAUGAAAGCACCCACCUUGAUCCUGAAAGAAAACAAAACAGCAGCAGCAGCAGCAAUUGAACAACUAUGAGCAUAGAAAUCCAAAACAUCUCCCUCAAGUCAGUGUGAACACUGGGACCAGCCACAUAAAAUAUUAUGUACAAUAAAAUCAAGUAAAUGAA